AAAAUAAAUUCAUGUACUAUUGAUUACAUAUGUAAAAAUGGAUUUAGCCAAAAUUUAGAUUCUAGUUUUAGUUAAUCCAAACGAAUUUACCAGCCAGUUCGUAGAGGUUCAUUCAGAAAUAUCAACCGCUAUGUAAAUAAAAGUUUUUUUGAAACAGUUUUAGUCGAUGGUAAGAAAUGUCCAAGAAAAUAUCUAGUUUAUUCACAAUCUAAGGGUUCAGUUUUUUGUGUUCCUUGCUAUUUAUUUAAUAAUACUUCUGCCUUUUCAAAAAAUGGUUUCUCGGAUUGGAAAAGGCCAAAAUCAAUAGACAAACAUGAAAAUUCACUUUCACAUAAAACAUGUGUGGUAAAAAUGAAAAAUAGAUCUUCUGAAUUGAACAAUGUUAAUGAAGUGCUUACAUUUCAAUUAGAAACAGAAAAAAUAUAUUGGAAAAAUGUGCUCACAAGAGUUUGUGCUGUUGUCAAAUCGUUAUCUAGUCGAGGUUUACCUUUUAGAGGUGACAAUGAGAAUAUUGGUUCGCUGCACAAUGGAAAUUUUUUGAUGUGCCUUGAAAUGAUCGCAGAAUUUGAUCCUUUUUUGGCUAAUCAUUUGGCAAACUAUGGUAAUCCUGGGAAAGGUUAUACUUCUUACUGGUCUCAUUCAACAUAUGAACAAUUUAUCAAGUUAAUGGCGACUAAGGUUCAAAAUCAAAUAGUUGAAGAAGUCAUUAAUGCGCAAUAUCUCUCCAUUGUUAUAGAUUCAAUUCCAGAUAUUGCACAUGUUGAUCAACUAUCUUUUAUAUUAAGGUAUGUUAACAACAAAGGUUUACCUGUAGAAAGAUUUUUAUGUUUUUUAGAAAAUGUUGGACAUAAAUCUCAGUGCAUGGCUGAUACUGUGUUUUCUAUCUUAAAAAAAUAUAAUAUUGAUAUUACAUAUUUGAGGGGUCAAUCAUAUGUCAACGCAAAGAAUAUGUCUGGUAUUUACUCGGGUCUCCAGGCUAGAAUUAAAGAAGAUUCCCCAUUGGCUGACUUUGUACCAUGUUCAGCCCAUUCCCUCAAUUUAGUAGGGUCAUGUGCAGCAAGUUGCUGUAAGGAAGCUAAUAUAUUUUUUAAUUUUAUUCAAAGUAUUCAUACAUUUUUUUCCUCAUCAACUCAUCGUUGGAACUUACUUAAAGUAAAAUCUACAUUGAAAAACUUUUCCGAAACAAGAUGGUCCGCUCGGGAAGAUGCAUGUAAAGCUAUAAACCAAAAUUGGGAUAGUGUUAAACAAAGUCUAUGCGACAUAUCAGAAAAUAUAAAUGAAAAAUCUAUCACUCAAACUGAAGCUCGUGGUUUACUUAGAUUAAUGAACCGUUUUGAAGUAACAUUUAUGUCACUAUUUUGGGGUGAUUUACUUCAACGAUUUAAUGUGGUUAGUAAAUAUCUACAAUCAGUCAAUAUUGAUGUAUGUAAAGUGUGUGAUCAAUAUGAAGUAUUGAUAAAAUAUGUUGUAAAUCUCCGUUCUGAUGAAAUGUUUCAACAUUAUGAAGUACUAGCAAUGAAAAAAUGUUCUGAAAAUUGUUACGAAACUAUUUACAAACGUAAAAAAAAGGACAAUACAUCUUGAUGAAACAGCUAGUAUUAUUGAAAAUGAAAUCAAUUUAACAGGUAGUUUGUAAUUCUAAGUAAACACAUAUUUAGUGAUUUGUGAUUCUAUAAUAAAAGAAUUAACAAGUCGAAAGUUAGCUUACGAUAAUGUCAUAACAAAGUAUAGUUUUUAUUUAAGAUUCACAAAGAUAAAACCAUCAGAAGUACGUGUUUCAGCUGAACAUUUAAUACUCAAUGUAUACAAAAGAUUUGGAUGUAACAUUUAUUAACGAAUGUGUUCAUUUUCAAAGUUAUAUUCAAAGUAUGAAAAAUUCUCCAUCAUCUAUAAUUAAUAUGAGUUCUAUGUUAAAAAUAGAAGGUUUAGAAGACAUUUACCCGUAUGUGAGUAUUGCUUUACACAUGUUUUUAUGUACUCCCUGUUCAAACUGUACCGCUGAACGGUCAUUUUCAACUUCACGCCGAAUAAAAACAUACCUAAGGUCAACAAUUUCUAAAGAGAGAUUAAACUCACUUGCAAUAUUAAAUAUUGAAUCAGAAAUAACAAAACAAAUUAAAUAUGAAGAUAUUAUAGAUCAU